UCUGUGUCCAUUCCCGUGACUUUCCGAAGUAAAGAUAUUUUGUGGAUUAUGCGACCGGGCAGCGCUGGGCCUUAAUAGACUGCCGGUUUGUUUUUGCAUGUUUCCAAAUAUAACAGGCAAUGGCAGAGCUACGGUUAACCAACGCCUUGAAAUUCAAGCGUUUGGAUAUAAUUUUCUUUCUUUUUGUGUCGGAUCUGGUUUUCGGAAAAAUUCACUACUCGAUGCGGGAAGAAAUGGAGCCUGGCGCUUUUGUUGGCAAUGUCGCCGAGGAUUUGGCAUUGAACAUUCGGAGGCUGUCAGCUCGAAAAUUCCGACUGCUCUAUGCUAAUAAAAGACAGUGUCUGGAGGUGAAUUUAGAAACGGGCAUUUUAUUUGCAAGUGAAAGGAUAGAUAGAGAGGAGCUGUGUGGACAGCUGCCAGCUUGUGUCCUUUCUUUCGAGAUUGUCGUGGAAGAGCCUUUGGAGAUGUACCGCGGUGAAGUGGAGAUUCUUGAUAUAAAUGAUAAUUCGCCCAGUUUCCCGGAGAGUACCAUUCUUCUACAAAUGGCCGAAACCAUGGCGCCAGGAUCGCGAUUUCCGCUAGAGAGCGCACUCGAUCCAGACAUGGGCACAAAUACAGUCACUGCUUACAACAUCAGCCCCAAUGAGCACUUCGGUCUAAAAGUGGAGACUGCAGAAGACGGUACGCAGACAGUCGAGUUGCUGCUGGAGAAACCGUUGGACCGCGAACAGCAGUCAUCCUUUCAAUUGAUGCUGACGGCCACUGACGGAGGCAGUCCUUCCAGGUCUGGGACAGCCCGUAUUCUUAUCACUGUGCUGGACAGUAACGAUAAUGCACCUGCAUUCAAUAACAAGGUCUACAAAGUCAGCCUGAUGGAAAACUCACGCAGGGGCACCUUGGUGGUUUCAGUCCAUGCCACUGAUCCAGACGAAGGCCCGAAUGCGGAGGUAACUUAUUCUUUCAGUAAUCGUGUUUCACAGAAAGUGCAAGAAUUGUUCAGUUUGGAUCCCCGAACAGGAGAGAUUAGAGUUCAAGGCAUACUUGAUUAUGAAGAAGGUAACAGUUAUUCAGUUGAUGUUCAAGCUGUCGACAAUGGUUCGCCAGCAAUUGCAGGACAUUCCAAAGUUCUCAUUAAGGUAAUUGAUGUGAAUGAUAAUGAUCCUGAGAUAUUCUUGACGUCCGUGGCGAGCACGGUCCCUGAAGAUGCUGCUCCCGGGACUGUGACAGGUCUGAUCAAUGUAAUCGAUCGCGAUUCAGGACAAAACGGACAGGUUUACUGUGGAAUCCCAAAGAACGUUCCCUUUAAACUUCAAACAUCUUCAAGUGGUCAUUAUAAAUUGGUGACCAGUGACUUGUUGGAUCGGGAAACCACCCCUCUAUACAACAUACAUAUUUUAGCCAGGGACUCGGGAUCUCCUCCACUAUCAACAAAUAAAAGCAUCCAGAUCUCAGUUUCUGAUGUAAACGAUAACGCCCCAAGGUUUGCUCGACCCAUGGACACAGUAUAUGUGAUGGAAAACAGCGCUCCCGGUGCUUCUAUUUUCACAGUGACAGCGUUCGAUCCUGAUCUGGACCAGAAUUCCUACGUUACUUACUCAUUCACAGAAAAUCUUAUCUUAGACUUCCCGUUGUCAAGUUACCUCAAUGUUAAUUCGAAGAACGGGACCAUUUACGCGCUGCGCUCUUUUGACUACGAGCAAGUCAAAAACUUCCAGAUCCAAGUUCAAGCCCGAGACGCUGGCGUUCCCCCGCUGAGCAGCAGCGCAACCUUGAAUGUGAUCAUCCUGGAUCAAAAUGACAACGCCCCAAUAAUUGUUUCACCUUCAGCACAGAGCGGAUCAGCAGCAGUGGAGAUUGUGCCUCAGUCAGCGGCUCAGGGGUACUUGGUCACCAAGAUAAUCGCAACUGAUUCUGAUUCUGGUCAGAACGCACGCCUUUCCUAUCGGAUAGUGCAAUCAAGCGAUCCCACUCUGUUCACUGUUGCGAGCAAUUCUGGGGAAAUCAGAACAACGCGAAGCAUGUUGGAGCAGGAUGGCACAACGCACAGUCUUGUCAUCUCGGUUAGAGAUAAUGGGCAGCCCACUCUCUCCAGCACGGCUACAAUCUUCUUCUCAAUCUUGGCCAAUGUUAGUGAACAAAUAUCUGAAAGUAGUAAUUUAGUUAGUACUCCAGGAUAUUCCUUCGAUCUAAACCUUUACUUAAUCGCUGCUUUCGGUUCAACUUCGUUUAUAUUUCUUGUCACAAUCCUUUUGUUGGUUGGCGUGAAGUGCAAACAGGACAGAGACAGUGUUUCACGUUCCUGGUCCCCGGUUUGUUGUUGCAGGCGAAGGAAUUCGAAGGACGCCUUUAGUCGGGCACAUGCGCCAGCAGGCACUUUAAACUAUAGUGGAACUGGACAGAAUAUCCCCUUCCCCGAAACUUACCAUUACUCGGUCUGUUUGUCUCCGGAAUCAUCGAAGAGCGAUUUUUUGUUCCUGAAGCCCUGCAAUCCACACCUUUCUCAAGGACAAUGCUAAAUUACAGGAUUGUGGUCAAUUCGGAUGAUAAUCGUUGCGUCCUCUUGAUAAAAAGUUCAGAUUUACAUAAAUUCACUUGGAAAAACUACAUUUUAUAACCAAUCAAACACACGUUUUGCUUUGCAAAAGAGCGUCAAUGGUGUAAAACAGCGGGCAUUAUUAUAAAGGAAAGAAAGUGGUCCAUAUAAAAUACACCUAAGGGUACCGUAGAACUGCGAUGCACAGGCGGGCUGCCGCUCAUUAUGAAACUGUCCAUGUAGGUAAGUCGCUA